AUGCAGCAGCAUCAUCAUCAACAACAACAACAACAGCCGCCCGCUGCGGUGGCACCUGCACCCCACGGGGCGCAGGGAAAGGCACUUCAUAUACCGUACUCCUCUCAGAUUAAGUUACCAGGUGGGAACAUCCCGCGCCACCUACAGGGUCUACAACAGCAGCCGAGAACUCCAUCUAUGUCAUUGAUGGGUGCGCACCCUUCUGGGAACGAAAUGAACGCGAGCGGCACCAGUAUCGCCUCUGGGCGUCCGCAAGGAAAUGCCCCUAUGUCGCCGCCAGCGCAAAUGAUGGGAAAGAAAGUGCUGGUGCCACCUCCCGCUGGGGUAGCGGGUGGUGGUGGUAAUAUGCAUGCAGUAGCUGUGGGUCCGGGCGUGAAUCGCCUCCAUACUCCAAUGGCUGGGCAAACAAUGGGGGUGAGUGCAACGAGGAUGAUGGGAAAUUCCAUCGGCCAUCCAGGCGCUGAUCCACACGCCUCUGCCACGCCGUCCUCGAGGGCGGCACUCGUAAGACUUGUGAAUGUGCCCGAUGAUAUUGGCGGCAUGGCUCAUGGUGGGAGAAAGGCAUCCGGCACCCUUUCCAGUGUUAGUGUUUCGGGGUCUCGCGUUUCGUCGCCACGUCCUGCAGACCAGCAACGAGCCAUGCGGCCAGUUGGCGCCCCGCCUCUCCCACAGCAGCAGGUCGCCGAAGCCGCAGCGUGCUCCACUCCUCGCCCGUCUGGUGCAGCCGCACCGGUAGGCGCGAAUAACGAUGGGCUCCGCAGUGGUGUGAAGGAAGGGGCGUUAGAUAUCACGGGGGCUGGUGGCAACAAAGGCAGGGGGGGGAUUGUGCGGCCCCCUCCCAAACCCAGAUACGCCAAGGGUGGCGUCAACCCACCACCACCACCACAACAACAACAGCAGCAACAGCGCUCGGUAGGCAUAGAAUCAACGAUGGUCCAGCCCAUGGUAGAAGAUGUGCCGGGGCGCGCCAGGACGACACAACCGUCUACUCAAAGGGGCUCACUGAAUCAAGAGCAGCUCCUACAGCAACAGCAGAAUGCGCCCUUGGCCCACGCUUCCCAGCAGCAACAACAGCGCCACCAACUACAUCAACAACAACAACAACAACAGCUACAUCAACAUCAUCAGCAUCAACAACAGCACUUGCGUCAUCAUCAUCAGCAUCAUCAUCAGCAGCAGCUGCUGCAGCAUCGGGUACAACAGCAACCCUCUGCGUCGCCGUCAAGAGAGGCCAUUUUUAACGCUAGCCAAGACAGCAAUCAGUUGAACAGGGCCUCCGCCCCGCCACCAGCAGCAUCCAUCGGAGCAAAAGCGCCAGCAGCUCCAAUGACCCGGCAAAUGACAGCUAGCAGUGGGGCUGGCAGUCUGCUGGUGUCACCCACGGUACGCCUGCGUGAAAAUGUGGGAGAGGCUGGCAUAGCUCCAUCAUCCGAAGUAGUGGUUACCAAAGAAGGCGAAGAAAGUCGUCGUCAAUCAUUGCAGACGCAGCGCGUGUUGAGGUUUCCCUCCCUGGUCGUUGAUAGUGACGAGGACUCCAGUGAAAUCGUUGAUGUGGGGAGACCACAGAUUCAAGAGCAAGAACCACCAAAAUUGCAAGAAACAGGAUCGCUGUCAUCUGUGAGUCUCACUCUGGAAGACACGCCAGAGCGGCAGAAGCCUCGCAGUCCCUCUUCGUCCCCUGGUGCGCUGUCCCCUCCUUCCGCCUCGCCGCCACCACCAGCGAAGGUAGAUACGCCGCAGCAGGACGACGAGGCCGAGGCGGAUACGGCAAGCACACGGCUGCACGCCACUUCCGAUCGUGGUGUGCUGUCACCCGGUGUACAACAACAAAAGAAGCAGAAGCAGAAGCCACCAUCGCUAGCACUGCCAGUGUCACUGUCCGCCACUACUAGAGAAGACGUGCCCCCAUCGAGCAGGCAGCACGCAACGACACCGCUGCGAAGGCGGGGGAACCAGGCAGGCCUCGCAACGACGGUCAGUGGCGCCGACAGCGUUGAAGCAGCGAAGGGCAAAGGAGGGGAGGCAGCACCGCGGCAGGUGUCGUCGACGCCGCUCUUAAGCUCCGCGUCAUGUGUGACGCUCACGAAUACGCAGUGUCCAGUCGUAGAAAAAAAAGGACUGGCAACGGCACCUCCUGCGGCCGCGGCCGUGGCGAAUGAUUCGCCGCCGUUACAUCUCACGAAGAAGCACGGAGACGCCAAAAAGUCUCAGCAGCAGCGGCACGAUAGGCGCCGCCAUCACUCGCCGGGGUCGCCACGCCGGUCUCCAUCCGCCUGCUCCACUGAGAGUGUGACGACAUCGCAGCGGCGACAUGGCGACAGCCAGCGAGCGGCGAGCACGUCAGAGUCGUCUCUAUCCGCCGUUCCUUCCCCGUCUCCCUCGCCGGAAUUGCGGGGCGACGCACUGAGGAAGCGACGAUCUCACCGCCAUCGCCAUCACCAUAAUCAUCAUCACGAGACAUCGCCCCGGCGCAAGUCCUCUCUGCGCGGUUCCCCUGAGAGGCCCCCGGUGAAGAGCAAGAGCAAGAUGGGGCUUACGCCUGAGAGGGACAACAAAGUCACCAAUGGUGGUGUGUCGCCGCGCCGCGGUUCUGGUGCCGUCAGUCCGCUCCGAUUGCCUGAUUGGCAGCACGAUGAGCACCGCGGAAGUAGAGACAGUAGAAGUGGCACUGGCAGCAGCAGCAGCAGCGGUAGUAGCAGUAGCAGCAAGUUGGGCGAUAAGGCACGUAAACGUCGGGGGCCGCGCCACUCUACCUUGCACUCAUCUAAUUCCUUUAUUUUCCACACAAAAGAUGUGUAUCAGCUGUACCAAGAGCUUAAACGGCAUCAACGCCAGAUGCAACUAGAUCGUUUCUCGCGUUGGCGGAAGCGUGAUGUGUCGCCGCCACCGCGCCCUUCGCCUCAUUCCCACGAUAGAGGAGAUGUACGCAAGCUGCAGGAUCGGGAGCGCUCUCCCCGACCGUGGCGGCACACCUCUCUCCACCCCGGUCCAGCGCCUCCUGCAUCACCGCUGCGACGGCCGCUUGGCUAUAUUGACCUCGGAGGUGGCAAUUACCGCUCUGUAGAACGAAGCCGAUAUGUCGGUGACCUUGACUUGAAUGAGCCUUUUACUACGGCCUCACACCACGCUUCACGUCACUCCUCACCUCUGUCGAACUUGGCGUUGCGUCAUCUUUGUGGCUCACCAUAUCCAUCACCACGGUGGAGGCAGCAGCAGCAGCAGCAGCAGCCCGAGCCUGACGCCUCGAUUGUUCACCCCUAUGAAGUAGUGUCGUUCUUGCAGCCGUGCAAGGACAUGGCGCCCAACGGAGACCGUCACGGUAACAACCAUAAUAUGGCCCGGAAUGGCGGCCGUGGCAAUGACAAAAAAUCGCCUGUUGUUAGACCUUCCACUGUCUCCAACGGGGAUAGAUUAACUCCAACUAGACGACACUGCAAACCAACAUCAGCUGGUGCACAACUGGCUUAUUCCCCUUCUGGUGGGAAUGGUGAGUCAGCACAGCGUCAUCAGCAACCGAACCGAAGACGCCACUCAUCGGUACCACCACCACAGCAGCAAUGGAAGCGCAACGAGGAGGCGCCAGCUAGAACCACUUCGCCCUACCUCGUGGAUAAGAGUCCGACUGCGCAAAUUGUCCGACGCUCCUGCAGCGAGAGUGCUGUUGCUGAUGGACACACCCACACUACAGUGCUGAAUACUGCCGCGUCCCCCACAGCCUUGUGGGUGGACGACGUUAUGGUGGCUGUGCACGGUGCACGGCAUGCAAGUAGCGCGGUUGCGGCGACGUGCGAUCACAUCGGCCACGCCCCCAUUCCCAUCCCCGUUGUGGAUCUGCGUACAGACUUCAAACCGCGCAUAGAAACUCAACCGGUAUCGCAAGAACUGUUUGGCGUGCCAAAGAGCCGCGUGCGAUGCGGCGUGAACUACGCUGUGGCCACCAAACACGUAAACAGCAACAACGCUGCAGCAGCAGCAGCAACAUGGAUGGGGUCACCCUCUCGUCAACGUCAGCACCCGAGAUCAUCACCUUCAACGCCAUGGCGUAAGGCGGAGAGCGUGGAUGAUGUGGCAAAUCGCUCUCCCAUGCGGCGUGUCGUCGAGGUUCCACCAUUCCCGCCGCUGAAAGUGUACUCAUCCUUCGCCGUGAAGGAUCCGGAGCGGCCAUCCGCGUGGGCAGUGGGGCCGGAGCGCCGCGAUUUGUUGGCAAACUCCCCCGCAGCGCGUCGCCGCAUCAUCAAGCCAGCAUCCUCUGGUUGCGGGGAUAGAAACGGUGGCGCGGCGCCUGUUGUUGUCGUGGAGGAAGUGCGGCUGGAUGAGCAGCAGCGACCGUAUGUGCUCAUACGCGAAGUGCCUUGCGGUGCAGCGGCGGUGGCGGCGCAGAAGACAUCGGUCGAUCGGCUCUCACAGCCGCGGCCUGUGUUUGUGCGGCGCGACGAGGAUGAAAGGGGGAUGGUGGGUGCAAAGAUAUGUUAA